AUGGCAACCCAGUCGCUUCCCUCCACCCCUAAGGCUGCAUCAGCACCAGCACCCACCCCCGAGGGGUCCCAGACUCCAGGCAAGUGGCGUCAUCCUCAGCUGAGCGAGGUGGUUCGACGGCAGAAUGCCGCUACGUUCGGCGAUGCGAACUUGAGAAAGUUGUUGUGGAAUGGCACGGCCUUCAUGAUCAUUUGGGCCUUCGGAAACACACUCAAGGCAUACUCGCGUCAAAUUUUUGAUGGCCCCGUUCUUCACGAGCUCUCAGCGUUGGCUCUUCAAUUGUUCUUUACUUUCAACAUCCUAAUGGCGUUGUAUCCCCUCUUCCGACCGAAGGACGACCUUUCCGAUAUUCCACUCACUCCUACUCAACGCGCUCUUCUUGGCUUGGAUCCUACAGCGACGCCACCGCUGACACCAGGAACAACCUAUGUCACCCCGCCCAGAUAUCGGCUGUCCACGUCGCGGAAGGCCAGCCCUGUCAGCAUGCCGAGUUCCUCUCCGUUGUCUGCAAGUGCCAGCUUCUCCGAGCGACGAGUUUCUUCAGGAACACCUUUCUCGCCCGCCUCCAGUCCAUUGCUCCAUAAGGCAGUGUCGAACGGAGGCCGUGAGACUGGUCGAAGACAGAGCUUUGGGUCAUCGUCGCCUCUCGCGCGAAGGUCUUCGUUUGGGGAGUCCAGCAUGGGUCCAAGUACACCUUCUCCACUUGGAGGCAAGCGUGUGAGCUUGGGAUUGAGUAACAAGUGGCUUUACGAGAGAAGCAGGAGGCUUUCUGCUAGCAACGGGGCCCUCUGA